AUGACGAAAACAAAAGCCGUCAAGGAGAAGCACCAGGAGGCGCGGCCGUACGUUCAGCCAAACCAGAGCGUUGGGACCGAUCUGCUGGACAAUGAAGAGAAGAAGGACGCUACCUUCACGUCACUUGGCUUGUGCGAGGAGCUCGUCAGCGCCUGCACUGAAGCGGGAUGGCGCCACCCGACACGCAUUCAAGCGGCGACAAUUCCUGUUACAGCUGAAGGGCGUGACAUCAUCGGUGUGGCCCAGACAGGCAGUGGCAAGACAGGGGCAUAUGUGCUUCCCCUCGUCAACUGGCUCCUGACGCAAUCAAAGGUGCCGUACCUCUCUGUUCUCGUGAUGGUGCCGACCCGUGAGCUAGCGCAGCAGGUAACAGCGCAGUUUGUGAUGCUAGGCCGCAGUGUCGGGCUGCGUGUGGCGACGUUGGUUGGAGGCGCAGACAUGGUUGACCAGGCAUGUGAGCUGAGCAGGCGCCCGCACGUCGUGGUUGGCACACCUGGACGCAUUAAAGAUCACCUGAACAACACGAAGGGCUUUCAGCUUGUCAAGCUUCAUGCGCUGGUCCUGGACGAGGCGGACAAAAUGCUCGAUAUGGACUACGAGAAGGAAAUUGAUGCAAUUCUGGAGCAUUUGCCGCACAAUCGUCAGACACUUCUAUUCUCUGCCACACUCAACACGAAAAUUGAUCGACUGCAGAAGGCCUCACUGAAUGACCCCGUCUUACUAGAGGUACAUCGGAAGAACACGACAGUUGACACACUGAAACAGUAUUACAUUUUUGCUCCAUUUGCGCAAAUGCCACCGUACCUUCACUUGUACUUGACACGAGAAACCGGCAAUCAUAUUCUUAUUUUCUGUCGUAGUGCUGCACUGGUGCACCGUCUUACACUCAUGCUUCGUGUUUUAGGCCAUCAGGCACUGCCGUUGAUGGGGCGCAUGGACCAAACCAACCGUAACAUUGCCCUGUCGAAGUUCAAGGAGGGUAAAGUGCGUAUUCUCGUGUGCACCGAUGUGGCGCAGCGCGGUUUGGAUAUUCCACACACCGAUGUUGUUGUGAACUUUGCCCUUCCCGAUCGUGUGGAGGACUACAUCCACCGAGUGGGACGUACUGCACGUGCGGGCGCUCAGGGCAAAGCUGUAAACCUCAUCAGUCAGUACGACAUUGUGUUGCUUCAAAAGGUGGAGGCGGCCACUGGUGUGAAGUGUGUGGAGUGGCCCAUUGCGGAUGGCGAUGUGGCGGCGGUGCUGCAGCGUGUUGAAGAUGCGGAGCAGGAGGCGAUAAAAGAGAUUCGUGAGAAUGAGCAGAAAACAAAGUUUGAGAAGGAGGAACGCCAGUUGACGACUGCGAAGAAGGCGAAGCGUGAGCGGGGUGAUGACGACAUGGGCCAUGACGACGCCAAGCACGGAAAAGCGGAUUUUUCUACAUUGCGUCUGCGCCGCGAGCACGAGUCGGUGUUCAAGAUGACGAAGAAGGAGCAGCAUAAGACGCUCUGGGCGAAGCGCCGUGAAAUGCGGAAGCAGACCAAAUCGUGA